AGCAAGAUUUGCCACUUCCUAAUCUUUCGGAAGUCAGUGUGAGCACUGAGACUUUUCCUGAAGGCGAGAACGAACGGGGAAAGCGCUCCGAAGCCGUGAUGGAGAAGGUCGUCAAAGAAAUAGGUGAGCUCCAGUUUCUGGGCGAAAGAGAAACACCUGGCAGGCUCUGAUCUUCUCGAAAAUUCAGCCCUGGACGCAAUGACACAUGAAAAAGAGCAAUGGAAGUGGAAAGCGGAAUCUUACGCGAAGCAGCUGGAAACUCUUCAGAAACGCCACAAGGCGACCCUCAAGUCCCAUUCUGCAUUGAGACGGGAAGCCAUCGGCAGAACCAACAUGCUGGAGCUGGAAAACCGCCAACUGAAAGCCGAGAAUGCAGCGCUGAAGGGCAAAUUGACUGAGAUGGAACGUGAAAACGCGAUGCUCACUCAUGUGAGUAAUACCCGGUCGAACAAGCUGCGUGGAGCGAACAAAAAGGCUCGCAAAGAAAAGAGGAAUGCGAGCAAAGAGAGCGAAAAGGCGAAGACCGCGGUGGAUGACGAGAACACGAAGCUCAAAGCGGGACGAAACUGGAGGAAGGACCUGAAUGAAGCAUUGGCAGCUCUGGCGAAAGAGAAGAAGCUGACCAUGGCCCUUUCCGAUGAGCUCGAUAUCGAAAAGUCGGGCAAAGCCCAUAUGCGUGAGGAUGGCACCGACCAGGAUGAUACGACAGUCGUUAUCCCCAUCGAAUUCAAGAUCUACCGUGGCGACUUCCAUAAGCUAGCGAUGCUCUUCGAAGCCAAUCGCAUCAAAACCACCGAGCAGUAUGAGCUGUGGUACAUGUUGUGGAAGAAGGCUCAGAUAAAGAAAAAAAAACUUAGGUGGUUGAAGCAGACUACGAAUCGUCUAGAGAGAUGACGAAGAAAAUCAAGAUUGGGACUGAUAUCUAUGACGACAUGACUGAUGUGCCCGCUGAAAUGGACGGCAACGUUUACGUACCGCGCACCGAAGAC